UGCCCCUUGCGGAAGGCAAGUUGCAACAUCUGCGAGGAGAGUUAGAACAAAGCCCCUUACUUUCUCUGUCUGGCCCAGCCUCUGUGCGCUUGGAUCUCCCUUUUCUCUCCAUUCUCGCUGGACCUUGGACCAGGGUCUCAGCAGCAGUGACGCUGCUGGCCUCUGCUGGAAGCUGCGUGGGGAAGGCGGCUGCUGUCAGACCAUGGGGGACGUGAAACUGUUUGCCUCGUCACACAUGUCCAAAACCUCCCACAGUGUGGAUCCCUCAAAGGUCAGCACCAUGCCUCUCACUGAGGCCCCAGCUUUCAUUCUGCCUCCUCGGAACCUCUGCGUCAAAGAAGGAGCCACCGCCAAGUUCGAAGGGAGGGUCCGGGGCUACCCAGAGCCCCAGGUGACAUGGCACAGAAAAGGGCAGGCCAUCGCCAAUGGCGGCCGCUUCCUGCUGGACUGUGGAGUUCGGGGGACUUUCAGCCUUGUCAUCCACACUGUCCGUGAGGAGGACAAGGGCAAGUACACCUGUGAAGCUAGCAAUGGCAGUGGCGCCCGCCAGGUGACCGUGGAGCUGACUGUGGAAGGGAAUUUUAUGAAGAAGUGUGAUCAGCCUGUUCUUUCUAAAGCCUCAGGAUUUCCAGGGGAGACUCGUCCUAGCAUCUGGGGCGAGUGCCCACCAAAGUUUGCCACCAAACUGGGCAGAGCUGUGGUCAAAGAAGGGCAGAUGGGGAGAUUCUCCUGCAAGAUCACUGGCCGGCCCCCACCCAAGGUCACCUGGCUCAAGGGAAAUGUCCCAUUGCAGCCAAGUGCUCGCGUGUCUAUGUCAGAGAAGAAUGGCAUGCAGAUCCUGGAAAUCCAUGGGGUCACUCGGGAUGACCUGGGCGUGUACACCUGCAUGGUGGUGAAUGGGUCAGGGAAAGCCUCCAUGUCGGCGGAGCUCUCCAUCCCAGGUUUGGACAAUGCCGCUAGGUUGGCUGUGAGAGGAACCAAAGCUCCCAGUCCAGACAUCAGGAAGGAGGUGACCAAUGGAGUCUCCAAAGACCCAGAGACUGUGGCUGAAAGUAGGAACUGCCCAAGUCCCCAGAGGAGUGGCUCCUCAGCCCGGGCCACCAACAGUCACCUAAAGUCCCCGCAGGAGCCCAAGCCGAAGCUGUGUGAGGAUUCUCCCAGAAAGGUCCUGCAGUCCUCCGUCCUGCAGAAGGCCACCAGCACCAUCACUCUGCAGGCCUUGAAAGUCCAGCCAGAAGCGAGAGUGCCGGCCAUAGGGACCUUCUCUCCUGGGGAAGACAGGAAGAGUCUGGCUGCCCCUCAGCAAGCCACACUCCCUACCAGACAGUGUAGCCUGGGAGGCUCCGUUGGGAACAAGUUUGUUACCGGGAACAUCCCCAGAGAGAGUCAAAGGGAGUCAACAUUCCCCAAAUUUGAGAGUCAGCCCCAAAGCCAGGAAGUCACUGAAAGUCAAACAGUCAAGUUCAUCUGCGAGGGGCCGAACUUGACACAGACAGCCCCUUCAUUCUCUAGUGUUCUGAAGGACAGUGUUGUCUUUGAGGGUCAGGAUUUUGUGCUACGGUGCUCUGUGCAGGGGACUCCAGCACCCCGGGUCACUUGGCUGCUCAAUGGGCAGCCCAUCCAGUUUGCUCACUCCAUCUGUGAGGCAGGGGUGGCCGAGCUCCACAUCCAGGAUGCCCUGCCAGAGGACCGUGGCACCUACACCUGCCUGGCUGAGAAUGCCUUGGGGCAGGUGUCCUGCAGCGCCACUGUCACUGUCCAAGAAAAGAAAGGAGAAGGAGAGAGGGAACACCGUCUGUCCCCAGCUCGCAGCAAGCCCAUCGCACCCAUCUUCCUGCAGGGCCUCUCCGACCUCAAGGUCAUGGAUGGAAGCCAGGUCACUAUGACAGUCCAGGUGUCAGGGAACCCACCUCCGGAAGUCAUCUGGCUUCACGACGGGAAUGAGAUCCAGGAGUCCGAGGACUUCCACUUCGAGCAGAAGGGUGGCUGGCACAGCCUGUGUAUCCAGGAGGUGUUCCCGGAGGACACGGGCACAUACACCUGUGAGGCCUGGAACAGUGCCGGGGAGGUCCGCACCCGGGCCGUCCUCACCGUGCAAGAGCCUCAUGAUGGCACCCAGCCCUGGUUUAUCAGCAAGCCUCGUUCGGUGACAGCCACCCUGGGCCAGAGUGUCCUCAUCUCCUGCGCCAUAGCUGGAGACCCCUUUCCCACUGUGCACUGGCUCCGGGAUGGCAGAGCCCUCUCCAAGGACAGUGGCCACUUUGAGCUGCUCCAGAAUGAGGACGUGUUCACCCUGGUUCUAAAGAACGUGCAGCCCUGGCAUGCCGGCCAGUAUGAGAUCCUGCUCAAGAACCGGGUUGGCGAGUGCAGUUGCCAAGUGUCACUGAUGCUGCACAACAGUCCUUCCAGAGCCCCACCACGGGGGCGGGAGCCUGCCAGCUGCGAGGGCCUCUGUGGUGGAGGAGUUGGUGCUCAUGGUGAUGGUGACCGUCAUGGGACCCUGAGGCCCUGCUGGCCAGCGAGAGGGCAGGGUUGGCUUGAGGAGGAAGACGGAGAAGACGUGAGGGGGCUGUUGAAGAGACGGGUGGAGACCAGGCUGCACACAGAAGAGGCCAUCCGCCAACAGGAGGUAGGGCAGCUGGAUUUUCGAGACCUCCUGGGAAAGAAGGUGAGCACCAAGGCAGUCUCAGAAGACGACCUGAAGGACAUCCCAGCCGAGCAGAUGGAUUUCCGCGCCAACCUUCAGCGGCAAGUGAAGCCAAAGACCGUAUCCGAGGAAGAGAGGAAGGUGCAUAGCCCUCAGCAGGUGGACUUCCGGUCUGUCCUCGCCAAGAAGGGGACCCCUAAGACCCCCGUUCCUGAGAAGGCACCACCUCCAAAAGCUGCUACCCCCGACUUUCGCUCCGUGCUAGGUGGCAAGAAGAAGUCACCCUCGGAGAAUGGGGGCAACAGCGCUGAGGUCUUGAAUGUCAAGGCUGGGGAAAGUCCCACACCUGCAGGUAAUGCGCAGGCCGUCGGGGCCCUGAAACCCGUAGUCAACGCCAAGCCUGCUGAGACCCCGAAACCCAUAGGCAACGCCAAGCCUGCCGAGACCCUGAAGCCCGUGGGUAACGCCAAGCCUGCCGAGACCCCGAAACCCAUAGCCAACGCACAGCCUUCAGGGUCCCUAAAACCUGUAACCAGCACACAGCCUGCUGAGCCCCAGAAGCCUGUGGGCAAUGCCAAGUCUGCCGAGACCCCGAAACCAGCUGGGAAAGAAGAAGUCAAGGAGGUAAAGAAUGAUGUGAACUGUAAGAAAGGGCAGGUCGGAGCCACGGGCAAUGAAAAACGACCUGAGAGUCAAGGCUCAGCCCCAGUUUUCAAGGAAAAGCUACAAGAUGUCCAUGUGGCCGAGGGGGAGAAGCUGCUACUCCAGUGCCAGGUGACCUCUGAUCCCCCUGCCACUGUCACCUGGACACUGAAUGGAAAGACACUCAAGACCACAAAAUUCAUCGUCCUCGCCCAAGAAGGCUCCCGCUUCUCUGUGUCCAUCGAGAAGGCACUGCCUGAGGACAGAGGUCUGUACAAGUGUGUAGCCAAGAACAGCGCUGGCCAGGCGGAGUGUUCCUGCCAAGUCACUGUGGAUGAUGCUCCGACCAGUGAGAACACCAAGGCCCCGGAGAUGAAAUCCCGGAGACCCAAGAGCUCUCUUCCCCCUGUGCUAGGAACAGAGAGUGAUGCAACUGUGAAAAAGAAACCUGCCCCCAAGACACCUACAAAAGCAGCUAUGCCCCCUCAAAUCAUCCAGUUCCCCGAGGACCAGAAGGUGCGCGCAGGAGAGCCUGUGGAGCUGUUUGGGAAAGUGGCUGGUACCCAGCCCAUCACCUGCAAGUGGAUGAAGUUCCGAAAGCAGAUCCAGGAGAGCGAGCAUAUCAAGGUGGAGAACGGCGAGAGCGGUAGCAAGCUCACCAUCCUGGCGGCGCGGCAGGAGCACUGUGGCUGCUACACACUGGUGGUGGAGAACAAGCUGGGCAGCAGGCAGGCCCAAGUCAACCUCACGGUCGUGGAUAAGCCAGACCCUCCGGCUGGCACACCUUGUGCUUCUGACAUACGGAGUUCCUCACUGACCCUGUCCUGGUAUGGCUCCUCAUACGAUGGGGGCAGUGCUGUACAGUCCUACAAUGUUGAGAUCUGGGACACAGAGGACAAGGUGUGGAAAGAGCUGGCCACGUGCCGCAGUACCUCUUUUAAUGUCCAAGACCUGCUGCCUGACCGCGAAUACAAAUUCCGAGUGCGCGCAGUCAACAUCUAUGGAACCAGUGAGCCAAGCCAAGAGUCUGAGCUCACAGCUGUGGGAGAGAAGCCUGAAGAGCCAAAGGAUGAAGUGGAAGUGUCCGAUGAUGACGAAAAGGAACCUGAGGUUGAUUACCGGACGGUGACGGUUAACACUGAACAGAAAGUGUCUGAUGUGUACGACAUUGAAGAGCGACUAGGAUCUGGGAAGUUUGGACAAGUCUUCCGACUUGUGGAAAAGAAAACUGGAAAAAUCUGGGCAGGGAAAUUUUUCAAGGCCUAUUCUGCCAAGGAGAAAGACAACAUCCGUCAGGAGAUCAGCAUCAUGAACUGCCUCCACCACCCCAAGCUGGUCCAGUGUGUGGAUGCCUUCGAAGAAAAGGCCAACAUUGUCAUGGUUCUGGAGAUCGUGUCCGGGGGUGAGCUGUUCGAGCGUAUCAUUGAUGAGGACUUCGAGCUGACAGAGCGGGAGUGCAUCAAGUACAUGAGGCAGAUCUCAGAAGGGGUGGAGUACAUCCACAAGCAGGGCAUUGUGCAUCUGGACCUCAAGCCCGAGAACAUCAUGUGUGUCAACAAGACAGGAACCAGGAUCAAGCUCAUUGACUUUGGCCUGGCACGGAGACUCGAGAACGCUGGGUCUCUGAAGGUCCUCUUUGGGACCCCAGAGUUUGUGGCUCCCGAAGUGAUCAACUAUGAGCCCAUCGGCUACGCCACAGACAUGUGGAGCAUCGGGGUCAUCUGCUAUAUUCUAGUCAGUGGACUUUCCCCCUUCAUGGGUGACAAUGAUAACGAGACCUUAGCCAACGUCACCUCAGCCACCUGGGACUUCGAUGAUGAGGCGUUCGAUGAGAUCUCCGAUGAUGCGAAGGAUUUCAUCAGUAACUUACUGAAGAAAGAUAUGAAAAACCGUCUGGACUGCACCCAGUGCCUUCAGCACCCAUGGCUGAUGAAAGACACCAAGAACAUGGAGGCCAAGAAGCUGUCCAAGGACCGGAUGAAGAAAUACAUGGCAAGAAGGAAGUGGCAGAAAACGGGCAAUGCUGUGAGAGCCAUCGGGAGACUGUCCUCUAUGGCAAUGAUCUCAGGGCUCAGUGGCAGGAAGUCUUCAACAGGGUCACCAACCAGCCCCAUCAAUGCGGAGAAACUAGAAUCUGAAGAUGAUGUCUCCCAGGCGUUCCUUGAGGCUGUUGCUGAGGAAAAGCCCCAUGUAAAGCCUUAUUUCUCUAAGACCAUCCGUGAUCUGGAAGUCGUGGAGGGAAGCGCUGCUAGAUUUGACUGCAAGAUUGAAGGAUACCCAGACCCUGAGGUUGUCUGGUUCAAGGAUGACCAGUCAAUCAGGGAGUCCCGCCACUUCCAGAUAGACUACGACGAAGACGGCAACUGCUCGCUCAUCAUCAGCGAUGUCUGUGGGGAUGAUGACGCCAAGUACACCUGCAAGGCUGUCAACAGCCUCGGAGAAGCCACCUGCACCGCCGAGCUCAUCGUGGAGACCAUGGAGGAAGGGGAAGGGGAGGAGGGGGGAGAGGAGGAGGAAGAGGAGGAGUGAAGCCAAGCCAAACAGAAGCAGUUCCUAAGUCAUUUUAAAAGGACUAAUCCCUUAGAGCUCAAAAAACUCAAGCUAGAAAAGGUACCUGGUGUGGUAGAUGAUCUAGUUAGGCUAUUUGGAGGCUGAUUUGUCAGCGACAGCGGUUGAUGCCUCGGAGCUAUAUUGAUGGGCAUUACUUUGAAUUAGAUAGCACCUUAAACACUAGUGCAGCUAGAUUCCGUUUGGGAGAGAUCACCAGCAACCUGUCUAACCGAUUUGAUUUUAGAGAGAAAAAAAACUAAAGGAGAUACUCACCUGGAAAAGGUCAUUUGUUUCCCGAUUUAACGUACCCUGAAGAAUAAAGUUGUCACCAGCCCCACCCCCACUCCCCCACCCCCCUCCCCCCGCCUCCUGCUGCAGCUCAACCCAGAUCCGCAGGAGAUAGAAGGCCCAGCCCCCUCCCACCCAAUCUAGAGAACCCGCCUUGUCCCAUCCUGCAGUGUCUCAUUCUGGAAGUGGUUGAGCCAUGCUGACUCAGGAGGCACGUUGCCUUCCAACUCUACCCUUUCAAGCGCUCUGUUUCUCUCCCCGUUCCACCUACUGGGUUUCCUGGCUCUGAUCCUGGCAUAAGUUACAGCAAUGAAAACAUUUAUCAUGUUUCUUCCAUCCUGAAACCAGGUUCCCCAGCUUGUGGAUGACUCACUCUGGCUGCCUUGGGGGGCUGCAGGGCGGGGGGGAGGGGGAGAUCUCCUCUCCUCUAAAAUCCUUAGGAAACUAAACCCAUUCCUCUGUGCAGGCGUCUGGCAGCUUCAGACAUUUGCAUGAGAAUUCAUGAAGGAGAAAAGAAGAUCCACGCUAACGAGCUUUCCCCCUUCAACCAGGAUUCCUGUUUGUGCUGUUAGCAACUGUCAGCCCGCAUGUGUGGUAGAGUCUUGCACCCAGAUGUAGAAAGCCCAGUUUGCUGAAGUGCUUUAGUUAUUUAUUGGGCACUAUGAAACUGAUGUCAACGGGCGAGCAACCGUAGGACUCAGGGUGCUUUGGAAUCUCCUUCUAGGCAGUCUGAGUUUAAUCCAUCUUCAUUGGCAACACUCUUCAAAGAGCUUGGCCUACCUUCUGGGGGUCCCCCUUGAUUUUUCUUCCUGAGUGUGCAUCACGCUUUGUCGUCCCCCUCCCCAACCUUGAGCUAUACUCUUAGACUUGCUCAGUACACUCAGACUUGCAUCUUUAGCAGUUUUUUUUUUUUUCUUAAACUUUCUUUCACUUCAUUGGCACUUGUUUUUCCUUAUAAAACUUUUUGGAGGUCAUCAACAAAGACCACAAACUGAUAUCCUAGUAUGCUUCCUCUGUGUGUGCGUGUGCGUGUGCGUGUCUAACAUUCUGAAUACUUUUUUUUCUUUUCCACUGUUUGUAAAGUGCAGCAAAUUAAUAUUUCAAAGGAUGUCUUAAUAGUUCCAUAAAAACCAACUUUAAACGACUUCUGUGCUGUCCUCCGCAGUACCGGCAUUAGAGAGCUGCUCUUGCUUUGUUUUCUCAGCUUCCAUCCUUCCUUAGCUGCUGCUGCAUUGCCAGUACUUUCCCUGUUUUGCUUCUUAAGCAGUUUCAAAUAUCUUUCAUUAUAGUCACAAUAUUGCCACGGUUUAUUAUAAUAAAGGGGUUUUAAUUUGAUUUAGAGCAUUCAAAGUGUUUUUCAUCACUUUGUGUUUAUAUUAUAAUCCUUGAGUGUAUGUUGUGUGUAUGUGUGCAUGGGUGGUUAUGCGUGUGUUUUUAGGGUAAUGCCUUCUUGGGAUUGUGUUACUGUUCUCUCAGUUUAUUAUGCCAUCCAAAUGGUGAACGAGAACGCUAUGACUGUAGUUAGCUCACAAUUUUUAAAUAAAGGAUACCACAGUG